AUAUGGAAUUGUUGUUGGAAAUAAUGGAACUGGCGGAAACGGUGGUAGCCAAUGCACACAAUGUUUAAGCACAUUAAGUUCACUUACCGUAAACUCCCUGCAAAACGACACAAGAUCACCUCUAACCUGUCAACAUUACGCCAGACUGUACGCACAGAUAUCGCAAGAUGAAGAAUCAUCAAACAGCAAAUUUACUGGUGACCAAUUCGGAUUCAAAACCACCGCGGACUCUAAUUACACUUUUCUCAACGACGAAAUUAAAAAAUUUUGUUCAUCCUCAAAUCCUUGUGAUAAUUCAACUUCAGUUAAAGGUUAUAAACAAAUAUUGAACGACUGUGCGACAGAAUUGAGUUCUAAUAAUUUGGUGAAACAGUAUUUUCUUGAUUAUUAUUUCGCGUCGCCUCAUUAUACGAAUCUGUGUAUGCAAAGCUCAGUGGAAGGAUACGCAUGGAAACAAAUAGGCAAUCUAGAAUUCGAUUAUAUCAAUAAAAACUUUUCAAAAAACGAUUCCACACUAUACAUUCGAGUCUACGGAUUCCCACCGCAGCCUAAAAUCGAUAUCUCGUACUCCAAUCCUAACAAUACCGGCAGCACAGUAAAAGUCCCGGCAGAGAUUCUGUGCAACGACGACUACAAAAAAGUCGCCAAUAUUUAUAUUGAUUAUGUGAGCAAGAAUCCUGUAGACUCGAAAUAUGCGUCUCUGUUUUCGGUGGUAGAUAAUUUGAAGAAUAAUUUGACCGCAACUAAUUGUUCAAAUUUUGGUGAUGCUAGUUCAUCAAAUGAAGCGAAUGGUACUUUGUCGUCGAAUGGUAGAAGAAGCAGUGAUGUCGGAAUCCGUGUUGAAAGAAUUGUCUGUGUUGUUGUAUUGGGAAUUUUGACGUUAUCUGUUUUGCCAUUCUUUUAG